AAGAGGUCGAACAUCUCCCGGAAGUAUUCACUUCGUCACCUCCCUCCGCCAUGAAGGUCCUCUUGCUCGUCUUCGCCAUCGUCGCCGCCGUCAGCGCUCAGACGGAGCCCCGGUGCCGCUGCGCCGCCUUCAUCACCUUCGAGUUCGAUGAGAUGAUGGUGUACGAGGCCCCCGAGAUCGCCAUCGACUCCUGCCAAGACGACGCCGGACAGUGCAAGACCGCAUGCCUCACCGAGCUGAACACCCUUAGCAACAACGGCGACCUGUGGCUGGUGCAGGAGAACGGCGUCACCGUCGGCCAGUCCAUAUGCUCGUUCCUCGCCAAUUACAACAUUAACUGGAUCGUCAACCACAGGGUGUACGGCUACUUCGAGGUGUGCGGCGGCCCCUGGGAGUACGCGGAAUUCGCGUCGCAGCAGCUGUUGUGUUGCGACGCAGGCGAGCACGAUCACUGCAUCGUCAGGAAAUAAUGGGGAUUCACAUAUAUUUCUAAAGGAGUCUCAACACUUUUUUUUUUUUUUGUUGCAUAAAUAAAACAUUUAAAUAUAUUUCUUCGUUCCUCUAACACAAUGGUCCCGUCCUUUUCUAUUCUGUAGUCCCCGACCCGUACAUAAUAAUCUCCAUGGCUCCGUUCAGUGUCUGUCAUCUUUUCAGAUUCAAUUAUUACGUUAUGAAUACUGUAAUGGUGUCAACAGCUAUAGGACAAGAACACUAUAUGAAAAGAUCCCAAUUUAUUGACAUGUGAGAGGUAAAUUAUAUGUAGGAACUGCAACUCAUUAAUAAAAAUGCGUGAAAAUUGACUUUGAAAGAAAAGAAUUUCAGCUAAGGAACUUUCGGUUUAAAAAAUCUACAGCUAAUACAGUUCAUUAUAUCUACAUACCGUAUGGAAGGAAAAAAAAUAUCAGCACUAACUGAAAUGUGGAAUGCUGUUGUUACCGGGGUCAGACAAAAAUGACUCUUAUUAUUAGAUGCACCUUUUUCAGGGUCACUAGUUAUGCUAAUUUCUCACUCUUAGAAUUCUUUGACCGGUUUCCAUUUUUUGUUUUUUUAUUGUAACUUUUUGUUCGGAGCAUUUUAAAAAUAUAUUGCAUUAUAGAUUAUUUUGUUUAAUCUUUAUAUACCAGGGUACAUUUCAUGAGAAAAACAAAAACAAAAACAAAAUCAGUUUCUUUUGUUUUAUGUCUUUUUCUUUUACUGAAACAAUAUACAUCUUUGAUAAUUUUUUAGGUACGGUGUGUUAAAGAAGUAGAGGAAUAUAAGAAAUUGAUAAAUAGAAACCUGUGACUUACCAUCAAAUGAAGUCACAAUAGAGGUAAUACUAGCAACAAUUUUAACGCAAGUUAAAAUCUACAGCAGUCUUCCCUCCAACGUUUUCUGUGUUUCUUCUGAGUGUUUUUUUCCCUUUAAUUCUUUUAUCUAUAUUUAUUUUUCUGUUUACCUAUUUCAUAGAAGGAAUAAUAAACAUUACUUUUUUUUUGUCUGCUGAUUUUCCAUUCUUUCGUACUUUUUCCCCGAUAAAUUCAUCUGAAUUUGUAUACUUUUUGUAUGAUGUUUAUAUAUUUCACGAAUAACAUUAUAUAAUUAAAAUGAAAAUGUAAAACCAGGAUUAUUAAUCUUACUCUCUCUCUUUCUCCUCAUAUCACUUAUAAAGA